AUGGAAAUCUGUGUGUGUGUCGUCGCUGCAGCUGCGUUCAUCUUCACCGUGCUGUGGAGGGUUAGAGGGGCCUGUGGGUACGGGUACUGGCCCGGGGCCCUCGGGGCCUUCGGGGCCGCUCUGUACUGUAGUGUUCCUCCAGCUGUCUGUGGGGGGGCCCUCCUCAGCUACAGCUUCAUCCUGAUCUGUGUGGCUGAGAGGAGACAAGAGCUGCCGGCGGCGAGGAGGGCGGUGCUGAUCACAGGUUGCGACUCAGGGUUCGGUCUGGCUCUGGCUCAGCAGCUCAGUGAUACCGAACUGACGGUGUUUGCUGGGGUGCUGGAUGUGAACGGACCUGGAGCUCAGCAGCUGAGAGAACGCAGAUCUGAGAACGUGCAGGUGCUGCAGCUCGACGUGACCGACAUCGCCCAGAUAGAGACAGCACACCGCUACAUCUGCACUCAGGUGGCUGACACAGGGUUGUGGGCUUUGGUGAAUAAUGCAGGAGUCCUUUACUGUCCUGUGGACGCAGAGCUCCUCCCCCUCACAACCUACAGACGCUGUAUGGAGGUGAACUUCCUGGCGGCUGUGAAGAUGUGUCAGGUGUUCCUCCCUCUGCUGAGGAGGUCCAGAGGACGCAUCGUCAAUGUGUCCAGCAUGGCAGGGGAGGUGCCUAUGCCCAUGUUUGCUGCUUACGGAGCCUCCAAGGCAGCGCUGAGCGUUUUCUCCAAGGUGAUGAGGAUGGAGUUAUCGGCGUGGGGCGUCAAGGUGGCUUUAAUUCAACCUGCAGGCUUCAGAACAAGCAUCUUUGGGAACAGCGAUGACGUCGCUCGCUACAGAGACGAGAUCCUCAACGCCGCUUCCUCUGAGGCCAGAGAGGAUUAUGGGAAGGCGUACAUCUCGUCUCUCCCCAGCAGCCUGUCCCAGAUGUCCCAGCAGUCGGCGGAGGAUCUGUCUCCGGUGCUGGACGCCAUGCGUCACGCUCUGCUUUCGGUCCACCCCAGACCCGUGUACACCCCCGGACAGAUGGGGUGGCUGCUCCCGUUCCUCCACCGCUGCUGCCCCGCCUCCGUGUUCGACGCCAUCAUCACGAGCAUCGUGAAACACACCAACUGUGAACCAGCAGGCCUGAGGAGAAGCUGAGGCUCAUGGGAAAUCUGAACAUUUAGCAGACAGGUCACCAUCCUGUGGCGGAGGUCAGAGAGUAUCGAGCUCACAACAAGUUAAAGAAACACAGGACCACGUGAACCUGGUUCGGCUGAAACCUGGUCUGCGAGUCCACGCGGGUUUAGGGCCGUCCCCCAUCAUCAUCAUCCUGGUAUCUGCAGGCUGAAGUCUGCAGUCGUCACUGAGCUGCUUCAGCCAAUAAACACGUGACUAAACAUCA